AUGGCUGAAUCAGCUGAACUAACAGGGAGCUCAGGUCAGGUGGAGGCAGAGAAGCCCACCCACGACCAUGAGAUGACCAAACCAUUUAAAACGCUUCUAUGUCGCCAAUCCCUCCCCUCUCACGUCAUCCUGUGUCUCAUCUUUUUAUCUCUGUCAGAUGACGCUGAUGUGAGAUCUGGUGCAGCCUUUGCUCAGAGGUACCUGGAGACCUGCCUGUGGACUGGAACCAUCCCUGUUCGUUGCUACCUCCGCCACGUGGGUGAAGCCAGUCUUAACAUGAACCACUAUGGCCUGGGACCUCAGGAUGCAAAAGCUCUGGUUAUGGUUUUACAACAUGACCGUAAUGUCAAAGCCCUUGAACUGGAGGACAACAGACUUGGGGCAGUGGGAGCUGAAUAUCUGAUGUUGUUACUGCAAAAAAACUCAAACAUCCAGAGUCUGAAUCUGUCCAACAAUCAGCUGGGCCUUGAAGGUGCUAAAAUAAUCACCGAAAUACUGUUGGAGAACUACUAUGUGAAAUCCAUCAAACUUUCAGGAAACAAGUUUGAUGAUUCUGCAGUUAAAUAUAUUGCUGGUGCCUUAGAGGGGGAUUUUACGCUCAAAGAACUCGACCUCAGCCACAACAUGUUCUUUGACGAAGGAGGAGAACACCUGGGUCGAAUGUUAGCCAAAAAUGUAGGGAUAGAAGUCCUGAAUCUGAGCUGGAACGGUCUUCGUAUGUCUGGAGCAGUGGCUUUGUGUGACGGUCUGAAGGUAAACCAAACUCUGAAGCAGCUUCAUCUGGCAUCGAACGGUUUCUGCAGUAUCGUGGCAAAUUCUCUGGGUCAGGCUCUAAAAUCGAACCGGGAGCUGGUUCUACUGGACCUCAGCAGUAACCGCAUUGAUGACCAGGCUGUGGAGCUGCUCUGUCAGGGCCUGGGGGUCAACAGCACCCUGAGGAUCCUCAAGCUCUCUCAUAACCCCAUGACGUCGGCUGGAGCUCUGACUCUGCUCACCACAGUCCACAACCACAUGAAGUCUGCACUGGAGGAAAUUGACAUGAGAACGGUGUUUGUGUGUGAGACCUUCGUGGAGCUACUGGAUGACGUUCAUAAAAUGCGGCCUUGUCUAGACGUCCCAUACAGCGUCAUGACCUCCGUCACCAGGAAUCUUUCAGCUCUUCCCAUUUUUCAGAAGUUCUUCGAGGACCGAAAUGAGAGCAUUAGGGAUUUCUUCCAAGCUUUGGAUAAAGAUGGAACCAUGAGGGUUACCACGGCUGACUUUAGGAAAGCUGUGCAGGCAGUUAACAUACCUCUGGAUCAGCAACAGCUGGAAUGGUUGGUUCAAAAACUGGACAGUGAGUGCAUGGCAUCCAUCUGCUACAGGUGUGUGUGGAAACCUCUGGAGGACAAAGAAAACACACUGCACCACCUCAGCGCCGCCAGCUGCCUCCGAGUCUGGGCCACCGGGUCCCCCCGCCUCAUUCACGCCAUCCAAAAAUAA